AUGGAAACAAAAAAUAUUGGAUUUUAUUCAUCAAUGGUCGAACAAGGAGCAAGUGAAGCAGUUGUUAUUGCUACAGGUGACAAUACUGUAUUAGGUAAAAUGUCAAAAUUAACUCGCAAAAGUACAGGAGAUGAAAUAACUGGUUUACAUCGUGAAGUGAAUCGUUUUGUUUUAUUUGUUGUACUUGCUACAUUAACGGGUAUAGCUGUCUUAUGGAUAACAUGGGGAGAAUGGUUAAAACAUCAUCAUCCUGGUUUUAUUUCUUACAAUGACAAUAUUGUUAAUACCGUUGGUUUGAUUGUUGCUUUCUUACCAAUGGGAUUGCCAUCGGCAGUUACAUUAGUAUUGACCAUCGUUGCCAAACAAAUGUAUCGACAACAUGUUUUAGUCAAAAGUUUACAAAUUGUCGAAACAUUCAAUUCAGUAUCUGUAAUUGCUACCGAUAAAACAGGAACACUGACACAAAAUAAAAUGACUGUAACUAAUUUAUUAUGGGAUAUUGAUUGUGUUUAUAAUGUUCCUAUGCCUCAACGAAAACCAGAAGCAGAAACGACUUUCUUUCAUAGGAUUCGUGCUCUUUCAUUAGAUGCGAUCGAAAUAGCUCGUCGUCUCUCUGAUAGUGCGCAUAGAAUAGCACGAAGGGUAUCAUCCAAUGACCGUGAUGAAUCUGAGCAUAUACCUUUGGUAGACAACGAAUCUGGAAAAUCUGAUGCAUCUGAUGAACCAAGUGAAAUUCGGAUACAAGCACUUCGUGAUCUUUUACUUGGUGCAGCACUUUGUAAUAAUGCCGACAAAGAAAUAAUAAACGAUGUUGACCUCGAUCAUGAUAAAGUCGAAACGAAAACGAAAUUAAAACUUGUGGGUGAUGCAGCUGAUACGGCUCUCUAUCAUCUUUGUGUUGAUCAAUGUUCUGUUGAUAUAAAAAGGGUACGAACUGUCAAUCCACGCUUGAAAGUGUUACCGUUUAAUUCAAGAAAUAAAUUUAUGAUCUCCGCUAAUCAACUUGAAACACCAGAUCCUUCAAUAUCAGCAAAAUAUCGUACUGUUUUAAUAAUUUUGAAAGGUGCACCCGAUAUUGUUAUUCAACGAUGUUCAACGUAUAAAACGAACAAUGACGAAAUUUUGCCACUAGAUGCUAAAGUGAAAAAUGUAUUAGCCACUCGACAAGAAGAAUUAGGUAAAAAUGGUUAUCGUGUUAUAGCUAUGUGUCAACAAAAAAUUUCUCAUCAACAAUAUGAUGAUAUGAUGAAGAAAUAUAACGAGAGAGAAGAUUCAUCAGUAUCCGAUGGAGAUGAAGAUCUAAGUGGAUUCCCAUCAAAUGGCUAUUGUUUCAUUGGUCUUUUCUCAUUACUGGAUCCACCACGACCCGAAGUGCCUGAUGCUGUUUUAAAAGCACGACAAGCACAAAUUCGUAUAGCUAUGAUUACUGGUGAUCAUCCAACAACAGCAAAAGCUAUCGCAAAACAAGUACAUAUCCUUACAUCUGAUAUUGCUGAUACGAAUGGUAUUGAUACAUUUACAGCAGAAAAAAAAGACAAUGAAAAAUUUGUUCUUAAUCUUUAUCGAAAUGAUAAAUUCAUGGAACAACAUGAACCAUAUACAAAGAAUAAAGAUGAUUUACAGUUAGGAAACACUAAACAAUUGAUAAAACAAACUUCAAUCAAAGUUGAUGAAUAUCACGCACCACAAGAAAAACCAUGGUAUAAAAGUGUAUGGUUAUCACUUCGAAAUCUAUUUAAAAAAUCAGAAAAAAAAAUUCACUCAACAAAUGAAAAAGAAUAUAUUCCAUAUGCUGUUAUUGUUACCGGUGCUGACAUAAAUUACAUGGAUGAUUUUAUGUGGAAUUGGGUAUUAUCACAUCAAGAACUUGUUUUUGCACGAAUAUCACCUGAACAAAAAUUACGUAUAGUAACAGAAUUUCAACGACGUGCUGAAAUUGUUGCUGUAACAGGUGAUGGUACAAAUGAUGCACCUGCUUUGAAAUGUGCUAAUCUUGGUGUCGCCAUGCAAUCAGGUACAGAAGUAUCAAAAGAAGCUGGUGAUAUGAUAUUAUUAGAUAACAAUUUUGCAUCGAUUAUUCGUUCUAUUGAAGCAGGUCGAUUAUUAAGUGAUAAUUUGAAGAAAGUUGCCAUUUAUCUUUUACCCGCAGGCAGUUGGUCACAAAUUUGGCCAGUCUUUUUCAGUUUAUGGUUUGGUAUGCCUUUGGCUUUACCUGCUUUCUAUGCGACAGUAUUUUGCAUGCUUAAUGAUGUUUUUAUGUCACUUGCUAUUGUAGCAGAAAAACCAGAAUGUGAUAUUAUGUCACGUCCACCUUCAAUACGUUCAAAAGAUCAUUUAUUAAAUUGGAAAUUACUUCUUCAUGCUUACAUGUUUGUAGGUAAUUUAGAAUGUUUUACAGGUUUUUUUUGUUUUUGUUAUUAUUGGAUUGAUAAUGGUGUUCCAUUCUACUCAUUUAUGUUUACUUAUGAGAAAUUUGGUAUUGAUCCUAGUACUCCAUAUUCCAUAGAACAAUUGACUUAUAUGAUAUGUGUUUCUCAAUCAAUAUAUUAUUGUUCACUUUGUUUAUUUCAAUUUUUUAAUUACUUUGCAACACGUACAAGAUAUGCUUCGAUUCUUGAACAUAAUCCAUUUUGGGGUAAAGGUCGAAAUUGGUAUGUAUUUGGUGCUAUGAGUAUAUCGGUUGGUAUUCAAAUUCUUAUAACAAAAGUUCAAUGGUUUAAUCGAGUUUUUCAUACGGCAUCAGUACCAAUAAAAUAUGUAAUGCCAACAUUAGGGUUUGGUAUGCUAUGGUUAAUAAUUGAUGAAUUAAGAAAAUACCUUAUAAGAAAAUUUCCAAAUAGUUUUCUUGCAAAAAUUGCUUGGUGA